CCACACCUGGACUAUCGUGCAUUCUCGUCAGUCGUCGCUUAACAGAAAAUCUCCCUCAAAGACCCAAACCCUUCGAAUUGCUACUCGUAGGGAUCAAAACCCGCACGCCGGAGGCCAACAUGGACGCUUACCAACAGCACCAUAGAUACAUGAGACCACCGCCAACGCCACAGCAACCACCGCCUCCGUCGUCUGCGGAUCCCCUCCACUAUCUCCACCACCAAGCAAGACCACCUGUCCCUUCACAAUCCACAUGGUAUUCCAACCAAUUCCAGUAUCUCCCACCACCACCACCAUCUUCGCACUCUCCAUCUCCUCCUCCUCCUCCACCUCCUCAGCAGUGGGCGGCUUCUCCUCACUCCGACCACGUCGCUCCAGCUCCUCCUCCCUCUGCAUAUCCUCCUCCCUCACCACCUCCUCACCCUUAUCCUUCUCACCUUCCUCCACACCACCAGUUCCCUCCCCCUCCCCCUCCUCGUCCUCACUUGCCUGCUCCUCCUCCCCAUUCUCAGAUUCCCCAAUCUUACGCUCAGGUUAAUCAGGAAUGGGGAAAUCCAAAUUGGGGGCAGCACCAAAGCUGGGACUACCAAGCCCAUAACAAUGUGGAGGACUGGGCUGCUAGAGCUAGAGCAUGGGCAGCACAAAAAGCUGCAAUGGAGGAUCACCAUCCUCAGACUCAAUUUACACAGGUUGGCAGAACAGAAGAACAAAACCGUUUCCAUGACCAGUUUCCACAAACGGUUGGUUCUCAUUAUCAAGAUAUUCAACAACAGCCAUUUCCUUCAUCGGGCUACCAACAUUUUCCAACUUCAGCUGCAACUAUGCACCAGCAACCGAUAGUUUAUUCGCAGGAUAAUGCAUCUUUCAACUCUGGGGAGUCUUCUAAUUUUCCUGAAGGGCAUAUACCCUACACUGUUGGUGGUGGAACUUCAUCUGGACCACCGACUACAAGUCCAUCUGUUCUUCAGCAGGAGGUACCUUCUAGUUAUUCUUCUGUUACAGGUAAAGAAGAGGCUACAGACCAAAAGGAUCAGCUGUACAAAUCAUUACCUUUGCCCAUAUCAUCAACACAAGAAGGGCAUCAUGUGCAACCAUCACUGCCUGCUCUUGGUGGAUCAGUUUUGACUGAACAGCCCUUUGCAUUUGGCAAUCAAGGAGCUGAUCUGACUGCUGAUCUUAGCAACCAGCCUUUAGAUUUUACAUCCAGUAUUAGCCGUGAUCGUGAUCCACACAUGCAAUCCAGUUAUUCUGCUCAUCACGAAGGAAAUGUAAGAGGUCUUGGCCAUGUUGCACCAUUACCUUCUAUUAAUUCUUGGACUCCUGUGGCAACUGGUUCUGCUUAUCCUCCAAACCCUCCGGGUCUUCCAUCAGGGCCUCAGCAUGACCCUUUAGCAGGUAUACCUUCUCCUGUUUCUGGACAUGCUGCACCACCAUUUGGAAGUUUCCAUGGAACAAGUUUUCAGUCAACGAUUCCAUCUGCUGGUGUGCCAUAUGGUCUUGGUCCAGGAAGUGCACUUCAUCCUACAGCAGGUUUUCCAGGUGAUGUGUAUGGUGUUUCUGAACGCCCUAAAAAGGCUUCUGUGCCUAAUUGGCUUAAAGAAGAAAUAAUCAAGAAUGCAUCUGUUAUCACGAGGUCUUCUCUAGAGCAUCCCAAGGAGGAAACUCAAUCCGUUGACGAUGACGGUGUUGAUAAAUCUUUUGGGAAGGGUGAUCAGGCAGAUAGCAGAAGUAUUGAUUCUUCUAGGUCAACUGAAGAAGAAGAAGAGGAUGAGGAUGAUGAGGAAGCUGCUAGAAAUGCAGCCAUUAAUCAAGAAAUAAAACGCGUUCUAACGGAAGUUCUUUUGAAGGUUACUGAUGAGCUGUUCGAUGAAAUUGCUACAAAAGUUCUUCAUGAAGAUGAUCCAACUGCAGAAGUUGAGCACAAUACUGUCACUUCAAAUCAUGAGGCAGCUCCAUCUCCUCCAGGAGUCCCAACGCUAAAGGCAUCUGCAAAGGUUCUAGUUCCAGUUAAAGCAAGAGAGUCUGAAACUGAAGAUGCAAGUGAAAAAUCCAGUUCUGGUGCCCCAGGAAAUGUACUGGGUCUUGCUAACUAUGCAUCUGAUGAUGAAGAAGAAGAUGAUGAUGAAAUCAAGAGUUCCAGUAUGCCAAAUUUAAGGAAAAAUGGUGUUCUUCAGCAAUCUAGCAAUAGCGUUCCAAAGUUUUCACAAGACAUGCAUGAUGUGGCUGAAAAUGGCAGCUCUCCUCUAGAACGGGGAAUGGGCAGUAGAGGACAGACAAAUUUGGAGGAUGUUUUGAGGAAAACCAGCUCAAUUGAGUCCAAAAGUACAACCAGUGCUGCUUUAAGUGAGUUGAGUGAGCCCAAGGUGGUUCCUAGAGGCAUGGAUCUUGAGAUCAAUAUUGAUAGUCAAAAAAGUACACACGCAGCUAAUGGGUCUGGAAUGAGAGCUGCUUUUGGAGAAAAUGUUGAGGAAGAUUCUCAAGUUAAGGAAACCAGGAUGAAAUUGCAUGAAGAUAAUCGACAUGAAAGUAAAAGGAGUUAUCCUGGAAAAGAUAUUAAGGAGGCACAACAUGGGAGUAGGGCAGAUGAGAAAGAAGAUGGCAAACGUAGGAGACAGGAUGAAGCACAUGUGAGAAAGGAAAAGACGGAUAAUCAAAAUGACUCUAAAGAAAGAAUGAAAGAGAGAGGUGAUAGGACUGGAGAAAAUGCAAAGGAAUCAGAAUCAAGAAAAAGAUCUUCUCAUCUUGAUGUGAAGGAAGAUAGGAAAGAGGCAGAGAAGCUUCACAAAUCAAUUGCCAAAGAGGAUAACCGAAAAAGAGGACGAGCGAAGGAUAAGGAGGAAGAUAGAGCAAGACAUAAGCGCACCAGUGACUCAAACAGAUACAAGAGGAGACGUUCCUCUUCAACUAGCAGUAGGGGCAGAAACAACAAGGACAAUGAUUCGAGUGAUGAAGUGUCAGAUGAUCCUAAGAGAAAGCUACAUUCAAGAAAGCGGAACUUAUCACCUUCCCCUGUCAGGUCUAGGAGAAGACAAGUUUCGCGGUCACCUCAUAGCAAGCAUUCUCAGCGCAGGCAUUCUCCCUACUCUUCUCUUGAGCCCACCAGGGGAAGAAGGUCAAGGUCCAAAUCACCUGUGAGGCGGCACAGAUGAUUCUAGGGGAGCGGAUAUCUUGGGGUGAUGCUGGCCAAGAAAUGAAAAAUACUUCAGUCAGAGGUUCUCGAAGAUCUAUGGUGGUGUGAAAAUUAUCCAAUAGACCUAAAAGUGGAGACGUGGCCUAUAAGCAAAUUUUAGCAAUGGAGGUACGUGUAUAAUCUCUGGUGUUGAGUCUGCUCCAGGAGGUUGAAUGGUUCCUGCAGAAUCAGGUUGCAAAUUUAUUCCAAGGCAGGUUUUUAAUGUGUUCUAUGGGGGAUUAGUGAUUUUUAAAAAAAAAAAAAAAAAAAAUUGCCUGUUUUAGAAAUGUAACAUGUUUGUGUAGUUGAACAGCAGGAAGCAUUAUUGCUAUUUGUUGUAUGAUUUUGGCCUUUGCAAGGAAUGAAAUUCUGUUGAAUUA